AUGACUUCCCGACUGGACCGACUGGUCACGUUACUGGACAACGGUAGCACCCAGUUGAUCCGCAACACUGCAGCCCAACAGCUGGCAGAUGUACAAAAGCAGCAUCCUGAUGAGCUGUUCAAUCUGCUGGGUCGGAUCUUGCCGUACCUGCGGUCAAAGUCCUGGGAAACCCGAACAGCAUCUGCCCGAGCAAUUGGCUUGAUUGUCGCAAAUGCGGAUAUAUAUGACCCAAAUGCAGAAGAUGGCCUACAGAUCAAAUCCGCAUCAGAGGAUGAUGAUGAUGUCGAGAUCAAAUCUGAAAUCAAAUCGGAAGAGGCUCCCGUGGCUCCUGAUGCUUUCCUUCAGCUGCCUACGCUAGACAUCGCUUCCAUUCUGAAGUUUGGCACGCGGCUACUGGGCACCACAAACAGCCAUAAUGAUCGUUCGCUGGCAGCCAUGGAGCCGGCUGCACGUCUUCAACAUCAGAAAAAGACAGUGACAGGUCGCCUGGGCCUAAUAGGCGAGUAUAUCGAAGAUGAUACGAUCGAUUUAAGUGAUAUAAUCCCCCCCACCUUGAGCACGCCGGCUCCAAAGAAAGAAUCGGUAGCCACCUCUAUUUCUCGGGAAAACAGCCUGCAGGACGCCGCAGCUCGGCGACCAUCCUCGCCCAAUGAAAACUCAAAGCUGGAAGAAGCUGGUCUCAGCAAGCGGCAGUUGAACCAACUCAAGCGCAAGAACAAGCAAAGCGCCAAGAUGGGCGCCAACAAAGUUCGCGUGGUAGACCUGUCCUCUCGACGGACUUCAGAAAACGUUACCACUCCUACGGCAACACCCCACCCUGUCAAAGCUGAGAAUGGCGAUGAACAGAACGGCGAGACUAAACCUGAUUAUUUCUCGCUUGAUCGCUCUGCCGAGGAUGAUGAUUCCAAGAUUGUCUCCGAAUUCAAGGGUCCUAUCGCACCUGAAAAGCCUAUAAUCCAGCCUGACCUCGUGGACCAGGGCGCUGGAUGGCCUCUGGAGUGCAUGUGCGAAUUCCUGACGGUUGAUAUCUUCGACGCCAACUGGGAGGUUCGCCAUGGAGCAGCUAUGGCUCUCCGUGAAGUGAUCAGGGUCCAGGGCGCUGCAGCUGGUCGAAUCGAGGGCAAGACCCGAGAAGAGAAUGACAAUCUUAAUCGCCGAUGGCUGGACGAUCUUGCCUGCCGUUUACUUUGCGUCCUGAUGCUAGAUCGGUUCGGCGAUUAUAUUUCAGACACUGUUGUUGCCCCUAUCCGAGAAACUGUGGGCCAGACUCUUGGUGCUCUUCUAUCACACCUGCCGCCUAAGUCUGUGCGCCAAGUCUACCGCUGUCUGCACCUUAUUAUCAUGCAGACUGACCUAGGAUUGGAUCGCCCGAUAUGGGAAGUCUGCCAUGGUGGUAUGAUCGGCCUUCGGUAUCUGGUGGCAGUUCGCAAAGAUUUGCUCAUCAAGGACUCGACUAUGAUCGACGGAGUUCUAGAAGCCGUCAUGAAAGGCUUAGCAGACUAUGAUGACGAUGUACGGGCUGUUAGUGCUGCGACUCUCGUCCCGAUUGCCGAGGAAUUCGUUACCUCUCGAACUGGUUCUCUUGGUCCCUUGAUGAACAUUGUUUGGGAUUGCCUUUCUAAUCUCCAGGACGACCUCAGCGCCAGCACAGGCAAUGUGAUGGAUCUCCUUGCUAAGUUGUGUACCUUUACGCAAGUAUUGGACGCAAUGAAGGCAAACGCAGCCGAUGACGUAGAGGCCUCGUUUGGCAAGCUCGUUCCCCGUCUGUACCCAUUCCUCCGUCAUACAAUCCCCAGUGUGCGUUCCGCCGUGCUCCGUGCACUGAUAACUUUCCUCCAACUGGAAGGGGAAGGUAGCACUGAUUGGGUGGAUGGCAAGGCGUUGCGCUUGAUUUUCCAAAACCUUCUUGUAGAGCGCAACGAGGAUGUCCUCAAGUUAUCUCUACAGGUUUGGUCCGAACUGCUGAAGGCAGCUGAGCAUCGUGGAUUGUUUGCACAAAAUUCGGAGCUUUUCGAAUCUAUUUCCCCUCUUGUCACCCUCACGCUCGGCCCCUUCGGUGUUCCUCGCUACCCUAUACCUAUGAAUGCGUCUCUCUUUAUCAAACCAUCGGGUGUGCCUUUCUCUAUUGCUGCACCUGCCCCUGCCCGGUCAUCACCCACAUCGACUACCCCAGAAACCCCUUCGUCUUCGGCGCACAAUGUGGAUGGGCAUAUGCUGUCUGGUGAUAUCGAUCUUGUGGGCGCAGAUACGAUGCUGAGAUCCAAAAUCUACGCCGCCAAAGCACUGGGUAAGCUGCUUUCUUUCUGGGAUAAGUAUGAUCUUCCUAGCUUCUGGCCGACUAUCAUCGAUGGCCUCACUAUUGCCAGUUCGACCUCACAGCUUUCGUCGUCCAUGGUGAUGGAAGAGUAUGCGCGUAUAUCUGGCCCAGACAGCAAGUACACUUCAUACCUGUGCGAACACCUUCGUCCAAUCAUUGAAGGCGAGCGACCCUCCUGGUAUUCUGAUAUCGCCUGCUAUCUUCAUGUCGCCCGCGCACAAUGUCAUUCGCUGCUCAAUACUUUCCGAGAUCAUGCCCAUGUUCCACCUUCCAGGCUUCCAACUUUGGCGGUUGUCGUCCAAGGAGAUACCGAAGCUGGACCCAAUGCUUUCUCUUUGGCUGAUGCGGAGAAAAUCGUGGGCUCUGAAUUUGACCGCCUGAAGAAGAAUCUGACCCCCGCUCAGCGGAUUACUGCUACGCAAGUACUAACAGAUACUCGUGCCACUGCACAGUCUGCAGUUGAUGAGGCCCGGUCCAUUCGGGAGCAGCGAGACAUGCGCGUCUUGGCUGCAGCAUCUGGCGCCCUAGUCGCCUUGCGUGACAUUCCCAAGAAACCUGGCCAUAUUAUCAAGGGAAUGAUGGAUAGUGUCAAGAAAGAAGAGAAUGUUGAACUCCAACAACGCUCUGCAACGGCAGUUGCAAGUCUUAUUGAGCAUUACACAGCCGCUACUAAACGGGGUCCCGUGGAUAAGAUCAUCGGAAACCUAGUCAAAUAUUGCUGUGUGGAUACAUCCGAGACACCCGAAUUCCAGCACAACGCUCAAUUGGAGAAGUCUAUUCUGUCGCUUCGCAAAGAAGAGGAUCGGAGAGACCAUCCAGAUGCAGCGAAGUUUGAACGGGAGGCCAAGGAAGCCCGCAUUAUGCGACGUGGCGCAAAGGAUGCUUUGGAGCAAUUGACCGUCAAUUUUGGUGCCCAACUACUGGAGAUGGUUCCCAACCUGGCAUCGUUGGUCGAGCGACCUCUCAAAGAUGCCCUGCAGGGUGAUCUCCCUGAAACAAUUACCGACCCUGAGAAUGACCUCGGUCAGGAAGUAGUUGAUGGCUUGUCCACACUUCGUGCCCUUCUUCCCAAAUUCCAUCCUGGUCUUCAUUCCUGGGUUAUUGGCCUUAUGCCUUUAAUUUCAAAGGCUUUGCAAUGCCGUCUUUCGGUUAUUCGCUAUGCUGCGGCUAAAUGUUUCGCCACAAUUUGCAGCGUGAUCACCGUCCAAGGAAUGACAAUGUUGGUGGAAAAGGUGCUACCGACUAUCAACAAUGCGCUUGAUGUCCACCAUCGCCAAGGUGCCAUCGAGUGUAUUUAUCAUCUUAUUCAUGUAAUGGAGGAUGGAAUUCUUCCUUAUGUCAUUUUCCUCGUUGUCCCUGUGCUUGGCCGAAUGAGCGACUCAGACAAUGAUGUUCGGCUGCUGGCUACUACUUCCUUCGCAACUCUCGUUAAGCUGGUACCCUUGGAGGCUGGCAUUCCUGAUCCUCCCGGGUUCUCCGAGGAAUUGCUCAAGGGCCGUGAGCGGGAAAGGAAAUUCAUGUCUCAAAUGCUGGACGUGCGCAAGGUGGAGACCUUUCAGAUCCCCGUCGCUAUCAAGGCUGAGCUUCGACCAUAUCAACAGGAUGGUGUCAACUGGCUUGCUUUCCUUAAUCGCUAUAAUCUUCAUGGUAUUCUUUGCGAUGACAUGGGUCUCGGUAAAACUCUUCAAACCAUUUGCAUAGUGGCCAGCGACCAUCACAUGCGAGCCGAAGAGUUUGCAAAGAGCCAAGCUCCAGAUGCUCGCAAGUUGCCAUCCUUGAUUAUCUGUCCACCCUCUUUAUCUGGCCAUUGGCAACAGGAGGUCAAGCAAUACGCACCGUUCCUCAACUGCAUUGCGUACGUCGGCCCACCAGCAGAGCGUGCUCGACUCCAGCCCAUGCUUUCUGAAGUUGAUGUGGUUGUUACAUCGUAUGAUGUCUGCCGUAACGACAACGACGUACUCAGACCCAUCAACUGGAACUACUGCGUGCUUGAUGAAGGCCAUCUUAUCAAGAACCCGAAAGCCAAGAUAACCAUCUCUGUGAAGCGAUUGAUGAGCAACCAUCGUUUGAUUCUUUCCGGCACUCCGAUCCAGAACAAUGUGCUCGAGCUGUGGUCCCUCUUCGAUUUCUUGAUGCCCGGUUUCCUGGGUACCGAAAAGGUCUUUUUAGACCGGUUUGCCAAGCCCAUUGCCGCUAGCCGCUUCAGCAAGUCAUCAUCGAAAGAACAAGAAGCCGGUGCCCUGGCAAUCGAAGCCUUGCACAAGCAAGUCUUGCCAUUCCUGUUACGUCGUCUCAAGGAGGAGGUUUUGAAUGAUUUGCCCCCUAAGAUCAUCCAGAACUACUACUGCGACCCAAGUGAUCUCCAGAAGAAACUUUUCGAGGACUUUAGCAAGAAAGAGCAGAAAGAACUGCAAGAAAAGGUCGGCAGCACAGAUCGCUCCGAUAAAGAGCACAUUUUCCAGGCGCUGCAGUAUAUGCGCCGCCUGUGCAACUCGCCAGCAUUGGUGGUCAAAGAGGGCCACAAGCAGUACAAUGAAGUUCAGACCUACCUAACCAAUAAGCGCUCCAAUAUCAGAGACGUCUCUCAUGCGCCUAAGCUUAGUGCACUUCGCGACUUGCUCGUCGAUUGCGGUAUUGGCAUUGACCAUACAUCCGAGGGCGAGCUGGACACUGGUGCAAGCUAUGUUAGCCCGCAUCGUGCCUUGGUCUUCUGUCAAAUGAAGGAGAUGUUGGACAUCGUGCAGAAUGAUGUUCUUAAAAAGCUUCUCCCGUCUGUUCAAUACCUUCGCCUAGACGGCGGUGUUGAGGCCACCAAGCGUCAGGACAUUGUUAACCGCUUUAAUACCGAUCCCAGCUAUGAUGUCCUACUCCUGACUACCAGUGUCGGUGGAUUGGGCCUCAACUUGACAGGUGCAGACACUGUUAUUUUUGUUGAGCAUGACUGGAAUCCGCAGAAGGAUAUCCAGGCCAUGGACCGUGCUCACCGUAUUGGCCAGAAGAAGGUCGUUAAUGUAUACCGCCUGAUCACGAGAGGUACUCUAGAGGAGAAGAUCUUGAACCUGCAACGAUUCAAGAUCGACGUCGCUUCCACCGUGGUCAAUCAACAGAACGCUGGUCUUGGCACCAUGGACACAGACCAACUCCUAGACCUCUUCAAUCUAGGCGAAACAGCAGACACAGCUGAGAAACCGAGCGAUCAAACAGGCAAUGAAGUCGAUAUGGUCGACAUCGACGGCGAGGUCAAGGAGAAGGGCAAGAAGGGUUGGCUAGACGAUUUAGGCGAACUCUGGGACGACCGCCAGUACCAAGAAGAAUACAACCUAGAUUCUUUCUUGGCCACGAUGAAAGGAUAA